GUUUAACAUUUGUGACUUAAUAUUUCUAUUUCGUCGGACGAAUAGCUCUCGAGUCUUCGACUCCACUCAUUGGCGGAAGCCAUUGGCAGAACUUCAUUCUCGACAGAAAUUCGAUCAUCCUUUUCAAUCUUACAGAACCCACAAAACCCAUUGGCCUGACGGGGCGACUAAUUCUGUUUGUUCGUCUCACUAGGAAACUCACCAUCGACGAAAGGCCAUGGGAAUUCUGAUCUACAGUAGUUGAAAUCUGAUGUUGUAGAUUUUUAGUUUCAGUGCGAUUCAUUUCAUUUCAUUGAACUAGAGUCGAAGACCUUCGAGCUUCGAAUCACAUCACAUGGGUCGGAAAACUCUUCAAUCAGAAGUGAUAUUGGAAGAAUGGAAUGGUUCUUCUUCAUCGGAGCUUCGGAAGACUGCCGUCAUAUCCGCUUAUCCUUCUCUCCUCAUUCAAAGAUCUGGUUCCCGUUUCAGACUCGUGGGGAGACGAUUCUUUGACGCGUUUGUACCGGAGGGGUUUCCUAGUAGUGUGACACCCGAUUAUGUUCCUUUUCAAAUAUGGGACUCAUUGCAGGGUCUAUCGACAUACAUUAGGACCAUGCUCUCUACCCAAGCUCUCCUGAGUGCCAUUGGGGUCGGAGAGCAAUCAGCAACUGUCAUUGGUGCUACAUUUCAGUGGUUUUUGAGGGAUUUAACUGGAAUGCUUGGAGGUAUCUUAUUCACAUUUUACCAGGGAUCUAAUCUGGACACCUAUGCCAAAAUGUGGCGCUUGGUUGCAGAUUUCAUGAAUGAUCUUGGUAUGUUGAUGGACCUCGUUUCCCCCUUGUUUCCUUCAGCAUUUAUGCUUAUCGUUUGCUUGGGGAGCCUGUCAAGAUCAUUCACCGGUGUGGCAAGUGGAGCUACUAGAGCUGCUUUAACACAACAUUUUGCCCUUCAGAAUAAUGCUGCUGAUAUAUCUGCCAAGGAAGGAAGUCAGGAAACAGUAGCAACAAUGAUAGGCAUGGCGAUUGGUAUGCUUCUUGCUCGUAUCACCAUGGGAUGCCCACUGGCCAUCUGGCUUUCGUUUCUAUCCCUCACAUUGUUCCAUAUGUAUGCAAAUUACAAGGCUGUUUGUUGCCUUUCCUUGACUUCACUCAACCCUCAGAGGUGUUCGAUUGCUUUGCAGCAUUUUAUUCAGACUGGUCAAGUUCUCUCUCCUCAACAGGUUUCUGAGAUGGAGCAUGUUUUACCCACAUGGGCUUCUUCAUGGAGUUUAAGGAGUAUUAAGUUAAUCCAUACACAUGUACGAUUAGGAGCGAGGAUCUCUUCUCUUCAUCACACAGAAAUGAAGGAGCUGUUGCGUUUGGCAGGUGCAAGUAAUAACAAAGAGAAGUACCUUCUAGUGGAGAGGAAGGCAACUAUCAGUGUUAUUGUGCAAAAAGAUGCUACUGCUAAUGACAUCUUCCAAUCAUUUGUUCAUGCACUUGUUAUGGCGUAUGUUCCUGAUCAGAAGUCCAGACAUUUGGAAAGCAUGUCAUGGAUGGAUGAACAUUAUGAAGGUUUUAUUCAAAAGCUGAAGAUAUCAGGCUGGAAAACAGAUCGUCUACUAUCUCCUUCUAUUUGUUGGAGAGCGAACUGGACCUGCAGUCCCAUGGAUGAGAAGAUCGACUGAACUUCAGUGGUCAUUAACCAUAAAAGAGCAACACAAGGAGGUAAUUUCUAAUUUGAACUGUUUCGAGUUCAACAACACUCGGUGGCAUAUUGACCAUAUUGCCUGAUUCAUCCCUGCUUGAAUGUUGCAAAUCUGCAAACAGAUUCAUUCUGGUCUUAUGGUCAUUAAUGACCUUAUAAACGACAGUCUAUUGAUUAUGGUUUUUGAUUUUCUGCAACUGAGUGUUUCUUUUGAUGAUACUUGACAGCAAAUUUUUUUAAAAGUAUACAUUAGUUCUUGCAAUUAUGCAUUUAGGUUUGCAGUCAAAUACAAAACAGAUAAGAAAUCUCCCUCUCUCUAAAUAGAAGAGAAAAAACUCAUUCAAAGUGCUGCUGACAAUCUCAAGAGCUGAUUAGUGCUCCUGCAGAAAAUACACGCUUAUGUUUAAGCUCAAUA